UUCAAUCUCACUGGGAUGCACCAGGAUGGAGAUGUGAUCAUAGGGGGACUGUUUGAAGUUCAUUUGCUUGCUUUAUAUCCAGAGAUGACUUUCAGGACAAAACCAGAGCAGCUCCGGUGUCAUCAGUUUAACUUCCAUGGAUUCAAACAAGCAAUGGCGAUGGUUUUUGCUGUACAAGAGAUCAACAGAAACCCAAACCUGCUUCCAUAUAUAAAGUUAGGCUAUCAAAUGUAUGACAAUUGUGUGAGGCUGGAUGUGGCAAUCCGAGCUGCCACAGCUCUUGUCAGUGGAACUGAAAAGUAUUUUGCCAUGCGGAAUUGCACUGGGCUACCUCCUGUGUUAGGGAUUGUGGGAGAUCCUGUGUCCUCUCACUCAAUUGCCAUAUCCAGUGUACUAGGACUGUUCCGUGUCCCUAUGGUAAGCUUCUUUGCCACCUGUUCCUGCUUAAGUGAUAGAAGGCGCUACCCCUCUUUUUUCAGGACUAUUCCCAGUGACGCCUUCCAAGUGAGAGCUAUGAUUCAGAUAUUACAGCACUUCAGGUGGACUUGGGUGGGUCUUAUCUAUAGUGAUGAUGACUAUGGCCAACAUGCUGCUAAGUCUUUCCAUGAGGAUAUCACUGCAUCUGGUGGUUGUGUGGCAUUCUCAGAAGUGCUGCCCAAAGACAAUAAUAUUGUGGAGAUCAGAAAGAUUAUGCAGGUCAUUCAGACAUCCACCUCACAAGUGAUUGUAGCCUUUUCUGCGAAAUCAUACCUAUUGCCCCUCAUGGAUGAAGUAGUUCGUCAGAAUGUAACAAGACAGUGGAUUGCCAGUGAGGCAUGGGCUACUUCUACUGUCUUUCUUAUCCCAGACUUGCUUCCAUUCCUCAGAGGCACUCUGGGCAUUGCCAUCCGGCGUGGAGAGAUUGAAGGAAUGAAGGAGUUUCUAUUGAGUAUUCGCCCUGACAAUGACCCAAAGAACGGUAUGGUGAAAAAGUUUUGGCAGGAGAUGUUUAGCUGUAGGUUUGACCCAGAAGAGGCCUUGGCCGUAGCAGAGGGAAGCAUCUGUACAGGAGAGGAGGGCCUGGGCAAAGCUGACUUAACAUUCAGCGAUGUGUCUGACCUCAGACCCUCCUAUAAUGUCUAUAAAGCAGUCUAUGCCCUGGCACAUUCUCUCCACAACCUGAUGAGCUGUGUCCCUGGGCAAGGGCCCUUUAAAGGGAAUAGCUGUGCUAGUCAUCAUGACAUUCAACCCUGGCAGUUAUUUCACUACCUACAGUCAGUGAACUACACAACAGGUUUUGGUGAUCAAGUGUCUUUUGAUGAGAAUGGUGAUGCCUUGGCCAUCUAUGACAUUUUGAACUGGCAAGUGUCGUCAGAUGGUACAAUGAAAACUAAAACAGUGGGUGCUGUUGAUGAAUCGCAACCAACCGGGAAAGUGCUGAGUCUAGAUGAGGACAAAAUCUUCUGGAACUUUGAAUCAAAAAAACCUCCUAGGUCAGUAUGUAGUGAGUCCUGUCCCCCUGGAACUAGAAAAGCCAGAAGGAAAGGACUACCUGACUGCUGCUUUGAUUGUCUCCCUUGUGCAGGUGGAGAGAUCAGUAACACUACAGAUUCUCUUGAAUGCUUCCGAUGUCCAAAGGAGUUCUGGUCAAGCCUACAGAAAGACCGAUGUGUCCCCAAGGAGGUUGAGUUUCUCUCCUAUGAAGAGGCUUUGGGCAUCUCCUUGACAACAGUGUCCCUCCUUGGUGCGUGUAUUGCUGCUGUGGUUCUUGCUAUAUUUGUUCACCACCGUCAUACUCCGGUAGUGCGAGCUAACAACUCCGAACUGAGCUUCCUGAUUCUGCUUUCACUAAAACUCUGUUUCCUGUGUGCAUUGCUGUUCAUUGGCCAGCCCAGGCUAUGGACCUGUCAGCUCCGCCAUGCAGCAUUUGGUAUCAGUUUUGUACUCUGUGUCUCUAGCAUUCUGGUCAAGACAAUGGUUGUGAUUGCAGUUUUUAAGGCCACAAGACCUGAAGGAAAAGGGGCCAUGAAGUGGUUUGGGGCAGCCCAGCAAAGAGCCACUGUCAUCGUCCUAACCUCUCUCCAAGUGGCCAUCUGUGUGAUCUGGCUCUCCACUGCUUCUCCUACCCCUCACAAAAACACUCACUACCAGACCUCCAAGAUUGUGUUUGAAUGUGCAGUGGGCUCAGUGGCAGGUUUUGCUACAUUGUUGGGCUACAUAGGCCUUCUAGCAGCCAUUAGCUUUUUGUUAGCUUUCUUAGCAAGAAACCUCCCAGAUAAUUUCAAUGAGGCCAAGUUCAUUACCUUCAGCAUGCUCAUCUUUUGUGCUGUGUGGAUUGCUUUUGUUCCUGCCUAUGUCAGUUCACCUGGUAAGUAUGCAGAUACUGUGGAGAUCUUUGCAAUCCUGGCCUCCAGCUUUGGCCUACUCAUGGCCAUUUUUGCUCCAAAGUGCUACAUAAUUCUCCUGCACCCAGAGAGAAACACCAAAAAGGCACUCCUGGGUCGAGCCUCUAAAUGA